AGCGGCCUGGGGCACCGCGCGGCGCGGGGACGGGGACGUGGCAGCGGCGGCGCUCGCUCGGCGCUCCAGAAAGUUCCCUGGAAGUUCCGCGCGACGCGGCGCGGGAAGCGGCGGGCGGGACCAUGAAUGUGUUCCGAAUCCUCGGGGACCUGAGCCACCUCCUGGCCAUGUUCUUGCUCCUGGGGAAGAUCUGGAGGUCCAAGAGCUGCGCCGGCAUCUCUGGGAAGAGCCAGGUUCUUUUUGCUCUGGUCUUCACCACCAGGUACCUGGACCUCGUCUCCAAUUUCAUCUCCAUCUACAACACAGUCAUGAAGGUGGUCUUCCUUCUCUGCGCCUAUGCCACUGUGUACAUGAUCUAUUGGAAAUUCCGGAAAACGUUUGACAGCGAGAAUGACACAUUCCGGCUGGAGUUCCUCCUGGUCCCGGUGAUUGGCCUUUCCUUUCUGGUCAACUACAGUUACGCACCAACGGAGGUCCUCUGGACUUUCUCCAUCUAUUUGGAGUCGGUGGCCAUCCUGCCACAGCUCUUCAUGAUCAGCAAGACUGGAGAGGCUGAGACCAUCACCACUCACUACCUGUUCUUCCUGGGGCUGUAUCGGGCACUCUAUCUAGCCAACUGGAUCUGGCGGUACCAGACAGAGAAUUUUUAUGAUCAGAUCUCAGUGGUGUCUGGAGUAGUACAAACCAUCUUUUACUGUGACUUCUUCUACUUGUAUGUGACCAAAGUCCUCAAAGGAAAGAAGCUAAGCCUACCAAUGCCAGUUUGAAGAGAUGGGCCACACUGUAAGGCACCCAGAGCAAAUCAUUUGGAUUGUUCUCCUUGGUGACUUAAAUGGCUGGUGUGAAUUUGAGCAAAGCACUGGCAGACCUUCCUCUUACCAUCAACAGCAGGACUACUUAUAUACCAUCAAUACCUGGUCCAACUGCCCAAGUGUGAGCCCUUACAAUGGGCAAGUGAAAAUAAGGAGCUCCAAGAUACUUCCUCCUUGAAUGUCCUUGCUCCUUUGACUACAGUGGAGGGCUCAUGCCACGGAACUUGAAGACCCUGGAUGUGUGUCAUCACACAACCCACUUCCACACUGCAUCUUAGACUCAUCCCAGUUGCCAGCCUAGGUGGACACCAAUGUCAUCUCACUGUGUGACUCAUUCCUGUGCCAAGACCCAUCACCAACCCCACUUUCCCCUCCCAGUUUGAGGUGCUAACUAGGAUAAUUAGUCAUUCAACUCCCAAUAUUUGUUGUUUGGAGCAAAAUGUUAAGAUUACCCUCAACUCUUAGUAAGGUUUGAAUGUAAUAAAAAUUCACACCUUUA